GCGCGGCGGGGCGGGGCAUCCGUGCGUCUCCUGGUGGCUGACGUCACGGCGCGGGCGUCAGCGGACUGUUCCGCCGCCACCGCCGCUGCCGCUGCCGCUGACGCCGAGGGCCGGCUGGGCCGCUGUCGCUGUCGCCGCCGCCGCCGCCGCCGCCGCUGCCAUGGCUCAAUACAAGGGCGCCGCGAGCGAGGCCGGCCGCGCCAUGCACCUGAUGAAGAAGCGGGAGAAGCAGCGCGAGCAGAUGGAGCAGAUGAAGCAGCGCAUCGCGGAGGAGAACAUCAUGAAAUCCAACAUUGACAAGAAGUUCUCUGCGCACUACGACGCGGUGGAGGCAGAGCUCAAGUCCAGCACCGUGGGUCUCGUGACCCUGAAUGACAUGAAGGCCAAGCAGGAGGCUCUAGUGAAGGAGCGGGAGAAGCAGCUGGCCAAGAAGGAGCAGUCCAAGGAGCUGCAGAUGAAGCUGGAGAAGCUUCGAGAGAAGGAGCGUAAGAAGGAAGCCAAGCGGAAGAUCUCCAGCCUGUCCUUCACCCUGGAGGAGGAAGAAGAGGGAGGCGAGGAGGAAGAGGAGGCGGCCAUGUAUGAGGAGGAGAUGGAAAGGGAAGAGAUCACCACGAAGAAGAGAAAACUGGGGAAGAACCCAGACGUUGACACAAGCUUCUUGCCUGAUCGAGACCGCGAGGAGGAGGAGAAUCGGCUUCGGGAAGAGCUGCGGCAGGAGUGGGAAGCCAAGCAGGAGAAGAUCAAGAGCGAGGAGAUCGAGAUCACCUUCAGCUACUGGGAUGGCUCUGGGCACCGGCGGACAGUCAAGAUGAGAAAGGGCAACACCAUGCAGCAGUUCCUGCAGAAGGCGCUCGAGAUCCUUCGGAAAGACUUCAGUGAGCUGAGGUCCGCAGGGGUGGAGCAGCUCAUGUACAUCAAGGAGGACUUGAUCAUUCCUCACCAUCACAGCUUCUACGACUUCAUCGUCACCAAGGCACGGGGCAAGAGUGGGCCACUCUUCAACUUUGAUGUUCAUGACGAUGUGCGGUUGCUCAGUGACGCCACUGUGGAGAAGGAUGAGUCACACGCAGGCAAGGUGGUGCUGAGGAGCUGGUACGAGAAGAACAAGCACAUCUUCCCCGCCAGCCGCUGGGAACCCUACGACCCUGAAAAGAAGUGGGACAAGUACACGAUCCGCUGAGCAUCCAGGAGGCUGCGCGGCCCCGGCUCCUCAGCUCCCUCAGUGUGCCCCGUGGUGUCCCCGGGACUCCAGGCACCCACUCCCCUGCGACCAUGCCAGGCACACUGGGAGGAGGACGGCAGCUGCUCGUGGCCUGCCCCUGGCACGUCAGUGACUGCUUUAUUCUUUUCCAAUAAAGAAGUGCACAUGUCAGAGCUGGAGCGCCUGCAGUGUGAGAAA